AUGCUGACGAUCGUGAGGGGUGCCGCAGAAGUGGCGAGAGCCCGACGAGCAAAUCGAAAGAAUCGCAACAACAGAGGAAAAUCGGCAGCAGCAGCAGCAGCAGCAGCAGCAGAGCAUCACAACGUCGAGCGUCUACGCGGUCAAGUUGGAGUUGCUGUUAGGAGAGGCGACAACAGGCGCCUGCGUCGAACGUUCGACGACGUAUCUGGCGACUACGACUACAACCCCCUCGAUGUUCCUGACGCACCAGGACUGACCAGCACCGAACCCGCGGGGAGGGGCGACAAGGAGCCUGCCACCGUAGAUCUCGCGUCGGAAAGACCUGAGCCCGUCGGUGGAGACACGACGUCGAAUGCCUUCGAGGCGUUCGCCAACCCUGGUCCGCUUCGCCCGUCAAAUGCCGCCGAUCAAGUUGGCGCGCAGUUCUUGGGUUCGUGGCUCCAGCCGGUAGCUUCCCCGAAGAAAGCGGCCAAGAGGCGGAGGCAGCGGCCGUCGCAAGGCGCCUUUGACGAGCCCGACGUGCGGCGCAACAGCGCUACCGCGUGGGUGGGCGCGUCAUCCCCGGGGCGGGACGAUAGAGGCGAUGGGUGUAGCACCCGUAGUAACGGCGGUGGCAAUGACGGGACAUUGUCUGGAUGGCUCGAACCCCAUCAGCCGGCCACAAGCGGCAAGCAAACGGUACGUGGCACCUCGGUGGCGGAGCGAGGGUCCGACGGGGGGUUCUCUGGUGAUAAAGGCGGUGGCGAGUAUGGGAGUAGUAAGUGGAUGUCUGACAGGCUGGAGGGGCUCGAUCCCAGCGGGGCGGCUAGAGCAAAGGACAGCUGGUCGGACAGGGAGCGGCGCAACUUGACGUGCACGGACAUCGCCUUGGGGGCGAAGCGGAAAGGGAGAGGCAGGGGAGGUGGCCCCAGGCAGUGGAAGGCGAAAGCCCUCGGGACCAAGGGUUCGGGGUCGACUGGGUUGGGCAGGGGUAGGUUGGCAGCGAGCGGGCAGGCGGCGUUCAGAAUGUGAAAGAGCUGUUGGCGGUGGUGGUAAGACACUAACGCGAAAAGUCUUACCAAAGCGGCUGCGGGCUGCGUCUAGCGUAGCGCUCCCGACUCACCCUCGGGUUAUGUGACUUUCACAUUAUUGGCAAGCCGUUUUUGAGCAUGCGAGCAAAGCCUGGCGUGAAGAAGCAUGGCAUGCUGUAGAGCAGCACGGCGUCGUGACUUGAUUCGGCGUGAUAUCGCAACACAGGGGCAAAACUCACUGGCGUCGCCGUGCCGCUAGAGGCGUCACGUCCCGCCUGCGUGUGAGUUGGUGUGGCCACGGCUGUCGUGUGUUACUCGUGCCCCAUCGGAGCCGGAGCCGACUUCUUGUUAUGUGUGUCGUUGUCCACGGUCUCAGGUUGCGUUCGGAACGCUGAGGACGGGUUGGUUUUUGGGGGGGGAAAACGGAACCAUCGUGACUAGCAACGAUGUUCGGACCGGGCCUUGGUGACGAAAUUGCUUGAAAUUUGUCUAGGGUGGCAUGUCGGUGACCACGAACGAAUGCUGAGGGAUCUCAAGCCUUUGCACCUUGUUGCUGGGUGGUCUUGUAUGCUCCCCAUCUGGUC